CUGUAUAAGGAUAUUUAUUGUUGCAUAUGUAUACUAUAAUCUUAUUUCUGUAAAGAUAAACACAGAACAAAUGUGCACAUACACAAAUGCACAAAAAGUAAAAGGAUACAUGUGACUAUGACUUUGGUCAUUGCAGUGGCAGAGUGUGGAAAAAGUAUGAAUAAGAAAAAAGGGAAGAAUACACAUGGGUAUUACAUUGGUAAUUGAAGUGGGCGAGAGUGGAAAAAGUGGAGGAGACUGCAACAAAUAUGUUAGUUCUACUUCCGUAAUUUUUUCAGGCAGAUUUGGUUUUAAAAAUUCAUUUUCCCUCAGAAGUUUGACAACACAGCUGAUGAUGAAUUGUGUAUGCUUGUUCCUUUGUUUCUUUGUAGGUACUCUAGUUUUUGUUUUGUUUUCUGAAAAUGAGUAGAAUUCUUUUUUAUUCCUAGAGUUCUGAAAUUUCCCCAGGACUUGCCUGGUGACAUGUUUUUUUCUUCAUUCUGUUGAGCAUUCAUUGAGCCCCAUUAAUCUGAAGUUUUCUGUGUUUUUUGAGCUAUGAUUUUUUUUUCUGUUGUGUCCUCCUUUCCCCUGGUUUCUUCUUCUAUAAUUCCUACAUGGAAUAAUGUAUGGAUUUAGACUUUGUGUCCCCUAACUUUUCUCUUGUUUUUUUAGCCCCUUCUUGCCCUUUAAAAACACCUGUGUUCUGGCGGGGGGACUAUCCCAUUUUCUCAGCUGUAUCUACUCUGCUCUUCUACUUACUUAUUGAGGGUUGUUUUUGUUUUCUUGGAGGGUUUUGUUUUUUUUUUUUAGAACUUUUUUAUUUUAAAGUUCUUUGUCAGCUUCCCACUGAAAGCAUAUGAUACUUUUUUUUUUAUUUAAACCAUAGUAGUUUUAGAAUCUGAGGAUAUUAUGUAUGUUGAAUGUAUUUACUUACUCUUUUUAUUCUAGCGACUAACCUUAUAAUGUUAAGAAAUAAAUUAUAAUUUUAGUCACUAUCAAUAACAAUAUGUAGCCUCAUUGUUGUAUAAAAUAAUAAAUAUUAUACUUAACACACUAAUUUUAGCCAUUUUCAGAUCCCCACACACUAAACCUUAUGGAAAAUUUUUUCUGAAAUCUUAGACUAAAUGUGUUAAAUGGCUUGCGAACAAUAUGGACGAUUUGAAGAUAAACACCGAUAUUACUGGUGCUAAAGAAGAACUCCUAGAUGACAGCAAUUUUAUCUCAGAUAAAGAAAGUAGAGUUCAUAAACCAAAAGAUUGUCAGACAUUUCAGAAUAGUAAUACAUUCACUCUGCCUGAAGAACUGUCAAAGGACAAAUCUGAAAAAGCCUUAAGUGGAGGCCAGUCUACUGUAUUUAUACAUGCUGGUGCUCCUACUGUUUCUAGUGAAAACUUUAUCUUGCCUCAAGGAGCUGCUGUUAAUGGACCAGUUUCACACUCCUCCUUAACUAAGACUUCCAAUAUGAAUAAAGGCAGUGUUUCAUUAACCUCUGGACAGCCUGUGGAUCAGCCAACAACAGACUCUUGUUCAACUUCGAAAGUGGCAGCUGAUCUACAGCUGUGUACACCACAGAAAGCAAGUCAACACCAAGUUUUGUUUUUGUUAUCAGAUGUAGCACAUGCUAAGAAUCCACCCCAUUCCAUUAAAAAACUACCUACCUCUGCUUCCAUUGGUUGUGACAUUCAGAAUUCAGUAGGGAGUAGUGUAAAGUCAGAUAGCACUUUAAUAAAUCAAGUAGAGGUGGGUGAGGAUAGUGAAGAUUUAUUGGUAAAAGAUGAUUGUGUCGAUACAUUAACAGGCAUUUCCUCAGGUACAGAUGAAUUUAGGUCAGAAAAUGAUACAAACUGGGACCCCCAAAAGGAAUUCAUUCAGUUUCUUAUAACUAAUGAAGAGACAGUGGAUAAAGCUCCAGUUCAUUCUAAAGUAGGUCUAGAAAAAAAGAGAAAGCGAAAAAUGGAUGUAAGCAAGAUAACUCGUUAUACUGAGGAUUGUUUAAGUGAUUCUAAUUGUAUACCCAAUAAAUCAAAGAUGCUAGAAGUAGACUUUCUGGAACAGAAUGAAGAACUGCAAGCAAUAGAUUCACAGAAAUAUGCAUUAUCAAAAGUGAAGCCUGAAUCAACUGAUGAAGACUUGGAGUCUGUGGAUGCUUUUCAACAUAUAAUUUAUAAUCCAGAUAAGUGUGGAGAAGACAGUUCCCCUGUUCAUACUAGCACUUUUCUUUCAAAUACCUUAAAAAAAAAAUGUGAAGAAAGUGAUUCUGAGUCACCCGCUACUUUCAGCACCGAAGAGCCAUCAUUCUACCCCUGUACAAAGUGCAAUGUGAAUUUUAGGGAGAAAAAGCACCUCCACAGGCAUAUGAUGUAUCAUUUAGAUGGGAAUAGUCACUUUCGCCAUCUUAAUGUCCCAAGGCCAUAUGCUUGUAGGGAAUGUGGGCGGACAUUUAGAGAUCGAAACUCACUUCUAAAGCAUAUGAUUAUUCAUCAAGAAAGAAGGCAGAAAUUGAUGGAGGAAAUUCGUGAGUUGAAAGAACUUCAGGAUGAAGGAAGAAGUGCACGAUUACAGUGCCCUCAGUGUGUGUUUGGUACCAAUUGCCCUAAAACAUUUGUGCAACAUGCUAAAACCCAUGAAAAAGAUAAAAGGUACUACUGCUGUGAGGAGUGUAACUUCAUGGCAGUAACAGAAAAUGAAUUGGAAUGUCAUCGAGGAAUUGCCCAUGGAGCAGUGGUAAAAUGCCCUAUUGUCAGUUCUGAUGUUGCCCAGAGAAAAACGCAAAAAAAGUCUUUCAUGAAAGACUCUGUUACAGGAUCAUCCAAAAAAUCAGCUACCUACAUAUGUAAAAUGUGUCCUUUUACUACAUCAGCCAGAAGUAUUUUGAAAAAACACAUAGAGUACUUGCAUUCAUCAUCAUGCAUUGAUUCAUUUGGCAGUGCUCUUGGACUUAGUAAAAAAAAAGGUAACAUCCUUGAAGAACCUCUGGGUAAUGAUAGCACUAAACCAUUAAUUAAGCAACAGUCAACAACAUUUCCAAAGAACUCUGCUGUAAAACAAGAUGUAAAGCGAACAUAUGGAUCAUCCUCACAAUCAAAUAAUUUUUCAAAAUUCCAUAAGCGGCCACACAGAAUACAGAAAGCUCGGAAAAGCAUUGCCCAGUCAGGUGUUGUAAAUGUGUGCAAUCAAAACAAUUCUCAUAAGACUGUAAUGAUUAAAAGUGGCAUUGACCAAAAAGCAAAGUAUUUCCAUCAAGCAACAAAAGAAAAAUCUAAUUCCAAGGCAAAUAGCAACUAUUUAUAUAGACACAAAUAUGCAAACUACAGGAUGAUCAAAAAAUCAGAUGAAUCAUAUCCUCUACAUUUCAAGAAAGAAGAAGCUGAUUCAUUAAGUUCUGUACAUCUGUUUUCAUCAUCAAGUAAUUCUCACACCAAUAGUUUUAUUUUAGACUCUCACAACUCUGACACCAAAAGGCCAGAAAGCUUCAGAGACCACAGACGUGUAUCUAUAAAGAGAGUGGUUAAGGAAUCUAAGAAGGAAAAUUCUGCUGGAGGAGAAGACUUGGAUAGCUAUCCAGAUUUCUUGCAUAAAAUGACUGUUGUUGUCUUGCAGAAACUUAAUUCUGCUGAAAAGAAAGACAGCUAUGAAACAGAAGAUGAAAGUUCCUGGGAUAAUGUUGAACUAAGUGACUACACUACACAGGCUAUAGAAGAUGAAACAUACAAUGAUAUUAAUCAAGAACAUGUAAACUUAUUCCCUUUAUUUAAAAGCAAAGUGGAAGGUGAAGAGCCUGGAGAAAAUACUACCCUUAGUUAUGAUCAAAAUGAUGGCUUUUAUUUUGAAUAUUAUGAAGAUGCUGGAACUAAUAACUUUUUGCAUGACAUACAUGAUCCUCAGCAUUUAGAAAAAAUCAUGUCCUUACUGCCCAGCAACAUUUGA